AUGUCGUCUAAGGUUAAAGUUUUUACUCUUGAAGAUGUCAGAAAACACAAUAAGCCAGAUGAUCUUUGGAUUGUGAUUCACGAUAAAGUAUACGAUUUGACAAAGUUCGCGUCUGAGCAUCCAGGGGGUGAAACUGUAUUAGAACAACAAGCGGGAGAUUAUGGUACCGAACCAUUUGAAGAUGUAGGACACUCAUCAGAUGCUCGCGAAAUUAUGGAGCAGUACUAUAUAGGCGAUAUAGCACCCGCCGACCGUGAACGAAAAAGUAAAUUCACCUCUUCAUUCACACUAAAGAAAGUAGAUAAUGUUAGGUAACAUUUCUUCAAAUUAAUGAUAAUUUUUUCAUGAAUUUUGUUUUAAUUGUAUUCUGACUUAUUAUUAACCAGUAAUUUUACCAAAAUCUGCGGUCCUUCACAGAUAUAUUCGAAAUAUAAUACAACCUCUUAUUUAAGAACGGAUGUAACUGCUUAUCAUUGAAUGUUUCAUACCUUCAGAUCCACUUUAUCGGUCCACUCAUCUUUUUAAUUCUGGGAAAUACAAUUGCCACGCUAAAGAUGAAUUCGGCGUUAUUUGUUUGGGUUGUUCUCAAUAUCUAGGACUUCAAAGGAACACAAUUAAAAGUCAAAUUAGCUCUGUUUAAUUUGUGAUCCCUCUGUUUUACUGGCGUUUAGAUUUACUGUGACCACGCAACUUCAUUCUCCGUACUUAUUCUUACUCUUAUUUGCGACUCUUAAGUCACACUACUUUUUCGAAUGUUGCAAUAUGGCUGUAAAGUAAAUAUACAUUUUAACACAUUGAUGUCAUUCAGUUGUUUUCAAUUUCAUAGAUUACUUUUUAACUAAGCACCAAUGCUAUCUGGGAUUAAGUUAUGAUAUACCGAGCAAUUAUUGUGGCUGAUAACUAAUCACAUAACCGUUA